UACCAUCCCUUCGUCUUAUUGGUACAAUCCGGCAUGGUUGUGGCAGCAUGGCUUGAGCGUUUGCACUGACCCACGGGGUUCUUCAGAUUGUUUUGGCUGUAUUGUAAAGUUCGCGGACCGAGUACUCUUCGUGGCAGGCCUGUAUAUAAUUUUGAAUCCCCUUUUCACAGAGCGUCAUGCCUCACAGAAAGAAGAAGCCAUUCAUAGAAAAGAAGAAAGCUGUCACAUUUCAUCUUGUGCACAGAAGUCAGAGGGAUCCAUUAGCUGCUGAUGAAACUGCUCCUCAGCGGGUCCUCUUACCAGCUGAAAAGGUAGAGACGGAAAAAAGAAAAGAAGAACAGAGAAAGUUUGGUGUCUUUUUUGAUGAUGACUACAAUUACCUACAGCAUCUUAAAGACGUGGGCCCAGCAGAGCUUGUGCCUGGUGGUGGGAGCAGGCCACAAAACCAGCUCAUUGAAAUAGAACAGGAAGAAGAAAUAGAACAUAUAGCAGCUCCAUCUAUAAAUUUACCUUCAUCAGUUUUUGCAUCAGAAUUUGAAGAAGAUGUUGGUCUGUUAAACAAAGCUGCCCCUCUUCGAGGUCUGUGCUUGGACUUGGAUCCAGAUAUUGUGGCAGCUCUAGAUGAUGACUUUGAUUUUGAAGAUCCAGAAAACCAGCUGGAUGAUGACUUUGUUAUUCAAGCCAACGAUCCAAGCAGUAGGAACAAAAAUCAUUAUGGGAAAGGUGAUGAGGAAUGGGAAGACAUGGAUAGUGAUGUGGAUAGCAAAGAAGGCGACUUUGAUUCAGACAGACCUACAUCUGAUGAUGACGAUCGUGGAGACUCCGGCAGUGUAAAUGGUUUUCUUUUUAUGCAGGAGGAAACAAAGAGUAGAUUCACAGAAUAUUCCAUGACAUCUUCAAUUAUGAGGAGAAACGAACAACUCACUCUUUUGGAUGAGAGAUUUGAAAAAUUUUAUGAACAGUUUGACGAUGAUGAAAUUGGUGCCCUCGACAAUGCAGAAUUGGAAGGUUUCAUUUACUCUGACAGCAGACGACUGCAAAAUAUUAUAGAUGACUACUACAAGCAGAAAGCAAAGGAAUGUGUUAAACUCGAUGAACUAUCGCCCAGAGAGGGGAUGCAAAUGAUUGUUGAGGAAGCCGAAGAGGAUAAGGAAGAAAUGCAGACUAUAGUAGUAGAGGAGCCUCAUGAAAAGUGGGACUGUGAAUCUAUUCUGAGUACAUAUUCUAAUUUAUAUAAUCACCCCCAAAUUAUCAAGGAUCCACCAAAGCAGAAAGCAAUAAAGUUAUCUGCAAAAACUGGUAUUCCGCUGGGAGUACUGCCUUCAAGGGGCCCUACAGCAAAACAAGUGGAGCGCAUGGAGAUGAUUAAUGAUGUUGACUUGCCAAGAUCAUCAACCCAGCCACGGUCCAGAGAAGAAUCCACAGAGGAGCGGAAGGGAAGAAAACAAGCCAUAAAGCAAGAACGCAAGGAGCGUAGGAUGGAGAAGAAAGCCAAUACACUUGCCUUUAAGGUGGAGAAAAGCAGACAGGAAAAGGAGAGGAUAAACUUACAGCAAAACUUGCAAGGACUUAAAUUAUCAUAAAGUCUCUUUGAUCACAGCUGUUUGUAUGUUAGGGUCUGCCACUAACUUGCACUGGGGGAGGCAGAUUUCUGUUGCCAUUUCAUUAAUAGACAACAUAAUAUUGGUAAUGCAGCACACAAAGUAAUCUGAUUGCUCAGAACUAACAUGAGAAAACUGGGAUUGUCAAUUUAUACUUGAUCAUCUGUGUGAUGGUAAUUAUGUUAAAAUUAAAAAAAUAGAAACAUGAAAGUUCUGUACAUCUGAUGCCUUUUGAUAUACAUUGCUUUGCAGUAUUUUCUACUGUAAAAUGUUAAAUUAGCCAUUUAAAAUGAGUUAAGUAAAUAUUUCACCAAUCAAAAAA